AUGUGCUUUUUCUUCUUCUUCUUCUUCUUCUUCUUCUUCUUCUUCUUCUUCUUCUUGUGUCGUGUUCUUUCAGGGGGAAAUGCUUUCUUUCUUCUUCUUCUUCUUCUUCUUCUUCUUCUUCUUCUUCUUCUUCAAUUUCUGAUUAUUCUUCUUCCUUCUCCUCCUUCUUCUUCUUCUUCCUCCUCCUCCUCAUUCUGCUCCUUCUUCUUCUUCUCCUUCUUCUUCUUCUUCUUCUUCUUCUUCUUCUUGUGUCGAUUUCCCUCAGGGUGUAAAUGCUUACUUUCUUCUUCUUCUUCUUCUUCUUCUUCUUCUUCUUCUUCUUCUUCUUUCUGCUUCUUCUUCUCCCGCCGUGUUCCUUCAGGUGAGAAAUUGUUAAAAAUCAUUUGUAACACUAUCUAUCUAUCUAUCUAUCUAUCUAUCUUAUCUGCUCUAUCUAUCUAUCAGAUUAUUCUUUCUAUCUAUCUAUCUAUCUAUCUCAUCUAUCUAUCUGUAUAUUAUUCAUAUCUAUCUAUCUAUCUAUCUAUCUAUCUAUCCUUUCAGUCUGAUCAUAUAUAUAUAUAUAUAUAUCUACCUAUUUCAUUCCAAUCAUAUAUCUAUCUAUCUAUCUACCUAUUUCUAUCUAUUUCGAUCAUAUCUAUCUAUCUAUCUAUCUAUCUAUCUAUUUAUCUAUCAUCUAUUUCAAUUAUCCAUCAUAUCUCUAUCUAUCUAUCUAUCUAUCUAUCUAUCUAUCUAUCUAUCUAUCUAUCUAUCUAUUUCAGUCUGAUCAUAUAUAUAUAUAUAUAUAUCUACCUAUUUCAUUCCAAUCAUAUCUAUCUAUCUAUCUAUCUAUCUAUCUAUCUAUCUAUCUAUCUAUCUAUCUAUCUAUAUAUAUAUCUAUCUAUCUAUUUCAUGAAUGAAUAUUAUAUAUAUAUAUAUAUAUCUAUCUAUUCAUCUAUCUAUCUAUCUAUCUAUCUAUCUAUCUAUCUAUCUAUCUAUCUAUCUAUCUAUCUAUCUAUCCUUUGCAUAUCUCUAUCUAUUUAUCUAUCAUAUAUCAAUAUGUUUCAAUAUAUCUAUCUAUCAUCUAUCUAUCUACUACACACACACACACAUCUAUUUCAAUUAAUAUCUAUCCCAUAUUCUAUCUAUCUAUCUAUCCCUAUCUCGAUCCCCAGAAGCAGGUUGACGACCAAUGCCGAUAAUUUCCAUCUUCUGUUUUGGGAUAUCUUCUUUAAUCAGCCCUGCAAUGUCUUCAAUUCUCCACUUUGA